AUCUUGUAAUGUGUGCGAAUAAUCUAUGAAAAAAGUGUAUACAUUGUGACACUGACGAGCUGAUAUUCUGAUUGGACAGUGUUCUUAUACGCAUUAUUUAGCUUGUCUCUCUCUGUCUUUUAUCAUUUCAAUAUUCUUUUUUUUUUUAUAUGAAUAACUUGCGACAAAAAUUAUCGAUUCAACAUGGUAUUCCACCCAAGUAUCUCAUACAUUCUUUUCGACUAGAACCUAGAUAUAUAAGCACUAUAAAAAGAUACAACAGCACUAUAGUAAAGCCGCUUGAGGGUAUACGCGUUCUUGAGCUUGGACAGCUUAUUGCUGGUCCCUUUUGUGGAUCCAUUCUCGGAUAUUAUGGCGCAGAUGUGAUCAAAAUUGAACCACCAAAUACAGGAGACCCUCUUCGUAAAUGGCGUGGUCUAGAUAAGGACGGACAGAGUCCAUGGUUUCGGUCACUUGCAAGAAACAAAAAGUCGGUCUGUAUUGAUUUAAGAUCGGAAGAAGGACGCAGUCUUGUCAAACAGCUCGCUUUACAGUCUGAUGUUUUAAUCGAAAACUUCAAACCGGGCACAAUGGAGAAAUGGGGAUUAGGACCAGAUCAUAUUUACCCAGAGAAUCCAUCCUUGAUCUAUACUCGUAUCUCUGGAUACGGGCAGACAGGGCCAUACUCCAAGAAACCAGGGUUUGCAUCAGUAUGUGAGGGCGUAGGAGGCUUCAGGUACGUCAAUGGACAUCCAGGUCAACCACCUGUGCGUCCCAACAUAAGCCUUGGAGACUCUUUAGCGGGUAUGCAUGCCGCCUUGGGUGUUCUGUUGGGCUUGAUUGCUAGAAACAAAGUAAAGGACCAGUCAAGGACAGGACAGGUGGUAGAUGUAUCCAUUUAUGAAAGCGUGUUGAACAUGAUGGAGGGUAUUAUCCCUGAAUAUGAUCGCUUUCAACAGAUUCGACAACCUUCAGGCACGACUGUAACUGGAAUAGUUCCUACUAAUACGUAUCCUUGUAAAGAUGGAAAACAUGUCAUCAUUGGUGGAAACGGAGAUAGUAUCUAUGUCCGUCUGAUGAAUGCCAUAGGAAGAAGCGAUUUAACUGGUGAAAAAUACAAGGCUAACUCUGAUAGAGUGAGAGAACAAGUGGUGAUUGAUGGAGCGAUUGCCGAAUGGACAUCAAAGCAUACGGCAGAUGAAAUUAUAAAAGCACUAGAAGAAGCUUCUGUCCCAGUUGGAAAAAUAUAUGACGCAAAAGAUAUAGUAGAGGAUGAGCAUAUUAAUGCAAGAGGAAUGAUAGAAACAGUCAAAAUUGGCACUGAAGAUGAAGGACGUGGUUGGGAAUUAAAGGUAUAUAAAUAUAUAGAAAUUUAUGAGCAGAGAUACACUUGCUAAAUCCUUACCAGAUACCUGGUAUGUCACCUAUA